UUACUUCAUGUCGUAAAUUGUGAAAUCCGUAAAACGUUUCAUUCGUUGAUUUGUCUAGAAAAAAAGUUGUUUCAUAUUCACUCGUGUGCCAUAAAUUCUUAUUCAAUAACAAAAUAAUUCUGCUUGAAAAAGAAGUAGAAAUAAACUGUACACCAGUCAACCAAUUGACCAAGAUGAUGGAUGUAACAGUCAAAACCCUUGAUGGGCAGAACAGAAGCUUCAGUGUGCCAGAGAAUUUAACAGUCAAACAGUUCAAAGAAAAGAUUGCCAACUCUAUUAACAUCUCCGCAGACACCCAGCGCCUCAUCUUUCAAGGGAGGGUACUCCAAGAUGAGAAACUGCUCAAGGAUUAUGAUGUGCAUGGGAAGGUUGUACACGUUGUGUUGAGGCCUCCACCUUCAGACGGCGGGCCCGCGGGUAAUGACAACCUAGCCCCCAACCUUCAGCCUGCUGGGUCAGGGGCUCGGGACCACAACCGCCUGUUUGUGGGCUCCUUCACUCUGCCCGCUAACGUGAUCAACCCUACACAGGUCCAGAAUAUUGCAGAGAAUGCAGUGAGAGGGUUAGGAAACUUGGGUCGUAAUGCAAGAGUCUCGACUCAGACAUCGGUUGAUGGGUCAGGAGUGGAUGUGCAUAUCCACAUGGGGCCGAUCAACACUGGGGCCACCACCAGCGAGGCCAGAAUGAGGCUGAACAACGCCAACUUGAUGAUAAGGCUGGCUACAGAAGCACUGGAACAACUGGAGAGAGAAACUGUAAGCCAGCUGCCAGAAGACUCUAGUGCCCUGUCAGGAACAAACCAGUCCACAGACAGAAGGGAACCAGUCACUGUUAGACAGGAAGUAGAAGAACCAGUCACAGCCAGUUCUAGUAAUGCUUCUGAAUCGAGAACCAGUCCAACACCUAUGGAAACUGAUGUAUCCCAGUCUGAUCGCACUGCAGACAGUACAACAACAGCCAAUCAGAAUCAAGUGUCUCCCCCUUCUGACCAAUCAAAUCAGUCGACAGAGAAUGGCAGUGAGCAGCCUGCAGGACCUGUUCGUCCCAACAUCAGUGAGCUGGCUGCAGUGCUCGUAGAUAUCAGUCGCCUGAACGAGCGCCUGAGACCUCAGAUUGAGAGAUACGCAGACAUAGUGAGGAAUGACGAAGAGAUGUCCAGCGCAGAGCAGCAAGCCAACACCCGCGUGUGUAGCCUUGUAUCCGAGACCAUGCACGCACUCAGCCAUGCCUACCACUCUGUCAGUGACCUCAUGGUUGACCUGACCCAGCCCCGCCCCCGUCAGCUCUACGUGACCCUGGCUAUAGCCCAGCCCCACACUGCAGUGAUACAGAGAACCAUCCCUGUACAGGCUCAGAUACAGAUUGGGGGCAGUCCUAGACUGAUUCGCCGCCAAUUUGCACCGCCACGGCUACCAAGAGCUGCCACAGACACUAGCAGCUCUACUACGCCUAUAUCAGUGGCUGGUACUGGUACCCAAACACAGACUGCAACCACAGCCAGCACAGGAACCAGCACGGUUCCUCCAUUCAGCACUGCAGGGACCGGGACCCAGACCUCCCCAGCUGCUGGGAGCCAGCAGUCCACUACCAGUACCCAGCCUGCUGGAGGCAGCAGUGACAAUGACUUUAGACGUAUCCAAGAGCAGAUGUCAGCCGGGAUACAGUCCCUGCUGGGAGGGCAGGGCCCAGUACAGGGUAACGGUACCCCGGACAACCCGUUUGUUUUUGUGGAGAUGGGACCGGACAGUAUGACUGUCAACAGCAUCUCGGCUGAAGUCGUGUCGUCUGAUGAUCUGGAUGACAUGCCCUCCAACAUGGUUCCACCAAUGAACUCAACAGCCCCUACAGGGGGUCAGGGGUCAGCAGCAGGUCAGGGGUCAACUCCAGGGGGUCAAAGUCAAGGCUUUGCCCCGGGGGGUCCAAACGACUUUGCAAACAUGUUGCAGAAUCUAAUACAGCAAAGUCUGCAGGGACAAGGUCAAGCCAACGUGCAGGUGGGCGUGCCCAGAAUGCAGAUACAGAUGCCUGGGGUAGGGCGUGGCGUGCCCAGAAUGGAGAUACAGAUGCCUGGGGUAAUGUUUGGUCCUCCGGGCCCACUGCCUCCUGGGGUCAGGGCUGGCACCAUGGGUUCAAUGAGCUUCUCAUAUCGCCCGGGCGUCCCACCCAGGAACGAGUCUGCCACUCAGACCCAGACCGGGCAGGGAGCCAGCAGCGCUACACAGAACUCCAGUUCUGUCACCAGUGCGUCCGGCACCCAGACCACGUCUGGCCCGACCCCCAGCAACACCUCCGGGACUCAGACCCCUGGUAUGGGCCCUGCUGCUGGUAGAACCCAGGCCUUCAUGCUGCCAGGGAUGCCUGCGCUGGCACAGAAUGUGAACCCAGUAGACAGUUACCUUCCCUGCUCCUCAAGACACUUCCUGUCCCAGCAUGCACAGGAGAUUGUUCAGCAGGGAAAUAACAACCAGACAAAUGAGAUGGCACUAGCUGACAUGGUUUCCAACCUGAUGGCAGGUCUUCUGGGAGGAGAACCCACUACUGGAACAGCCACCUCUGCCACCAGCACAGCCACAAGUAGUACCCCCACAUCAACAGGAAGUGCCUUCACCCCGCCAUCUCGACCCCCUGGCCCCCGUCCCCAGGUCAGCGUUCAUGGCCAAAUGCCUCAAGGUCUGGCUGCCAUGUUCCCUGGAAGCAUGAGAUUUAGGACGCAGGGUGGUCCUCCCAUGAUGCCCCCAUUCCGACCCCCUCAGUUUCCCCCCAUGCGGCCCCAGGCAGGAGGGGCUAGGCCAGGGACCCCCGGGACGACUCAGCCUGGCCCUGCUCCAACUAGUGGCACUGAACCUCCAUUCCUGCAGAUGCUGAGAACCAUGCUGUCUUCAGCUGCAACUGCUGGAGGCAACCAGUCCGACUUGGCCACUUCGACACAGCCAGAAGCCGGAACACAGUCUACUGGAGCUAGUAACCAGUCAACUUCAAAUGGGGGGAACCAGUCUAAUUCUGCCACAGCAAACCAGUCCCCAGCCGUUGCCCAGUCUACGGGACCCAGACCGGGCCAAUCAGAAGCCCAGCCCAUAUCAGAUGAGGCUUUUACCCAGCUUGUGAGUGGCAUCACAAACUAUAUGUCCCAGGCAGCAUUGGGCCAGGCACCGAGGCAGACCAUCUCUGACUUCCUGUCUGGACUCGGUCAGGAGCACAGCAUACCACAGGGUGAAGGAUUCCUCAAUGAGAUAAUGUCCUGCGUUCUGUCCAGCCUACAGAUCACAGACCUGCUGUCAGUGUUCUAUGGUCAGCCAACCCCCCUCAACCAGGUACAGGCCCCACUGCGGGAGUUCCUGGGUAGGCGGGUACUUAACGGGGCAGAGUGUACACCUGACAACGUCCGCAGCUCUGUGGAGGACUUAGUGGAGUCCAUGGAGACAGAGAUAUCAGACACAGUGUCUGCAGCCCAAUGUAGGCCACACAUCGACUUCCUGUCAACCCUGAACAGGUUUCUGGAACAGCACUUCUUCAAUCUGGUCACAUUUGUCAUGAAUUCCAGAGAGAGUGACCCUCAUUUCGGGCAGGACCUGUAUGCUAGUGUUCGUCGUUUCCUCUCAGAGCUGUUUGUGCUGUGCAGUCGAUGCCUGGGAGGGAUCACACAGGUGGAGGCUCUGCUACGCAGCAGGCUGGCCAUGUUUACAACUGGAGUAAACCCUCUCAUCCAGCAAUGGAUGGUUGCAACUACGACCCAGCAGUUUGCCUCAUUCAUCCCGACAAUCACUGUGUCCGAGGGUGAAGUGGCCCAUUUCCUUGUGUACCAGUCUGCGGGACCCCAGUCUGCAGGGGCUCAACGCAGGGCACGGUCUGGCGUGAAAAAAGUGUCAUCAUCAUCAGCAGAAGCUGCGUCUUCGGCGUCCACUGCUCAGAGUUCUACACAGGAGAGUUUGAGCAAGUCAUCAGCUACCCCCAAGGCCAGUGUAAAGAGGGAUUCCUCGCCCCUGAGGGAGCCGUCCCCUAAACGUGUAAGCAAGUCAGGUGUGGAAGGGGCCAGUGAGAAAACAAACGGUCAUCCUAUGGAGACAAGUCCUCCUGUAGAUGCUCGGUCACCUGGAGCAGCAGAGGUGGAGGUAGACAUCCCUCUGACCCUCUCUCCUGCCCGUGAGAUCAAGGGCGCAGCUUCAACAGACAUGGGGCGCAGCAAGAAGCCCCAAACACCCGUCAACCAGCCCACAUCUGCCGGGGCACAGUCUGCCAGCGAUGGAUGGGAGUCUGUUGUACCCUCGGACUGGGUGCCAGUGAUCAUGCGUGACAUUGAGACACAGAGGGGCCAGGCCCCACAGCGGCCACACAGUGACGUCUACAUGCAGGGGGUCCCUCCCAAACGCAGAAAGAUGAUGGCCGAUCAGAAGCCUGGCGACCUCUCCAAUCCUGCUCAUGUCUUACCUGACUCGAUACGCCAGGCGGUUGCCGCAGCAGCCGUCGAGCCAAUCAGCAGCCUUGACAACCUGACGACUGAGCUGGCCAGCGACUCUGACCUUCACGAUGCAUUCGAGGCCCAGUUGAGCCGGUCCCUGGCCCAGAGGCUCGAUAACGAUACAGACUACAAGUCUGACAGGUUUCCGAACACGGAGGAGUAUUACCACAAGUCGGAGAAAUGAGAGCAGGAUAUUGACAUUGGGUGAUAUUGUAAAUUGGGUUCUGGGAGAACUGGGCUUAAUGCAUAUGUUUUAAGUGUCAUCCCAGAUUAGUCUCUGCAGUCUGCACAGGCUAAUCAGGGACUACACUUUCCGCCUAUUCUUGAUAUUCGUUUGCAAGAGACCUCUUUGAAACGGAAUAUUUAAAAAAAGCGGAUUAUGUCAUCCCUGAUUAGCCUGUGUGGACUGCAAAUGCUAAUCUGUGAUGAAAGUUUACAUGCAUGCAUUUAGCCCAGUGUUUUGAGAAUGCUGUUCUUUGUAAAGUCUUAAAGGGAGGUCGGAGAUGAGUUAUGUUGUAGGGCUGUAGGGAAUGCAUAGACGCAUGUAGCACAGUGAAGCCGCGUACAUCUUCACACACCACUCUUCCCUACUACCGCUCAGGGGUGGUUGGCACUGAAAUGUUUCAUUUUUUAUUUUACUAUUGCUUGAAUUUAAUGACAAAUAAGUAUUACAUAUUUAUAAUAACCUGAAUAAUCUUCAUUGCAUUUUUUAUCGUUUGGAUUUCCUAAUUAGCCAGAAUUUUACAAAUUACCAGGAUGGUAUUUCUCUCCAGCCGUUUGAUCAACACCCUGCAACUGUCUGAUCCUAGAUCCUUACCUUGUGACUGUAAUGUCUCGUUUGUGAAUAACAAUUCUUAGUUAUUCCACAAAUUGUGUGAAAACUUAAUGUGCCCGUUUAACUGUUGACACAGUUUUUACAAUUUGGAUAUGCAGAUAGUUAACAGAUGUAUAUAUGUCUUGAUUGGGUUAUCAUUUACUUAAUAAUACAAUUCAUGAUAGUGUUUUUUUCUUAACUUUCAUUAACAAUUUCAUUGUAUUUCAUUGUAUAAUAUAACUAUAAUAUUUAUAAUAAUUAAACGCUUAGCAUAUACAGUUGAUGUAUGGAAUAAAGUUCUUAUAGCAUGUUUUCUUAACUUCAGAACUCUUUGCUUAAAAAAUAACUUUAGCGUGAGCAUUAUAAAGUGUAUGCUGUCGAUUGAUAAAAUAAAGAAUGUUUUUUCAACAAACUACAUUAUGCAGAAAACCAUUGUUAUAUGCACAUUGUUAAAUUUGUAAUUAACAUCAGUGUUAUUCACAUAGGAACAUUUAUUUAAUUUGUAAUUAACAUCAGUGUUAUUCACAUAGGAACAUUUAUUUAAUUACAAUUUAUUUUUAAAAAAAGACGUCAAUUACAUUUACAUAUGAGCAAUUGAGUCAUACCAUAUGCGGUAAGUGUAGAGCUGGACCAGUGUGCCCAUCCUGUCCCAGUCUGGUCUAGAGCCAUCCUGUCCCAGUCUGGUCUAGAGCCAUCCUGUCCCAGUCUGGUCUAGAGCCAUCCUGUCCCAGUCUGAUCUGGAGCCAUCCUGUCCACUUAUGAGAUCACAAAACUUUGCUAGGCUCUACAGCGGACAGGGAAGCUCCUUAUAAAAUUGGUAAAUUGCGAUGGAUCUACGAUGGCCUUAUAUGGCAUAAUAUCCAUUUUUGCAUGACACGAGUCCGAUAAACAAUCCAUAGGUGUUGUUAAAUGAAAGCCUUCAAAGUGCAGCAGUUGCAUCAUAGCAGUGUGUUAUAAAGAGACAAGAAUGUUUUUCAAAAUAAAAAACACUGUUAUGUGGUAAUAACUAUAUACAGACUAACUAUUUCUAUUAUUUUGAUAAAUGUAUUAUGUUAUGUCAUGUAUAUGAAUAUACGGCCAUCCACCCAAAAUACAUUUAGUGUAAUUAUGACUAAGUUGUACAUUUAUUGUACACAAUACAAUGAUAAGUAACAUAUUUAAAUGGGCCAUGCUCUGUGAAAAGGGGGUUUAAUGCAUGUGCAUAAAGUCCGCACAGGCUAAUCAGGGACGAUACUUUCUGCUUAAACUAGUUUUUUGCCAAGAAGAGACUUUCUUAAAACAAAAAAUAUCAUAAAAGCAGAAUAGUUGUCCCUGAUUAGCCUGUGCAGACUGUACAGGCUAAUCUGGGAUGACACUGUACGCACAUGCAUUAAACCCCCUUUUCAAAUUGCACGGCCAAAAUAUAAAUAUUUUUAAUAAAUAUUUCCUUGUUUUGUCUUCAGAGACUUGUCAUGUGACCUUUUAUUGAAAAAGAUUGAAAAUCAAAUACUGCGUAAUGUCUUAACAUGAAUUAUUAUACAAUCUUUAAUAUGUACAAAUGAAGUAUUGUUUAAAGGAAAACCAUUGAAACACUGACAUUUUGUUGCUUUUGUUUAAAACAAUACGUGUUUGGUACAUGUUCUAAUAUUUUAUUUGUUAAAUUUGGUCUUUAAUAGCUGUUUUUUCAUCGCUGUAUGUGGAGAAAUGCAAUUUUGUAAUGAAAUAAAUACACAUAUUGCUUGUA